GUGUUUGUUCUUUUUCGAGCAGAUAAAGCUGAUAGGCUUGGAAGAACAACACGAGAGACAGAGAGUUGUAAAGGGGGCACACUAGGAUUCACAUGGUUUUCCCACUUCGAUGGCCUGAACCAAGUGGUGGACAUGGUCGGCGUUCCACCUGGCUCGGGAGUCCGAAAUCCUUAAGCAGCCGAAGCAGUCCUGGGGGCCUGAAGCAAUUGGUUGGAUGAAUGGAAGGAGGGGGUUGGCCCUGAGGAUCAAGGGUCCCUCAUUGACUCAAAGGGAUGCGAGGGUUUGGGACCGUACUACGUACUUAUCAGGGUCCAGGAGCGUUGGGGUCGCGUGGUUCUUCACUCCUUUUCACUUGUUGGUGUUGGAUUUUUCCUGCAGAUGCAGCAUGCGUUGCGUCGUUUCCGGGGGCGCUUUCAAGCCAGCAGCGGCGCGAGACGAGUCUUUGGAACCGAAGGCAGCCAUAGGUUCCAUAGCUUCUGAGAGCCGCGCAAAAAGGAUUUUCUUGGACCAGUGGCAACCAGAAUUGUAAGAUGUCAAAAAACCUGGUUGUUUAACAUGGCUUCACAUGAACGGUGGGCAUCACGUCUCUAUAUUGUGGGGCAAGAUCAUCCAGGGAACAUGUUUCCCAGCAUGCCCUACAACACAAGUUCACAAACUUUUUGUUUGCCUAUAAUGAGGAAAUUCUCCAAAUCAGAUGGCCAAAGGACUUUUUACGCCAAUGGCAGGUCCUCCUGACCCACAGGCUGUGACGAUGGCUUCUGACUUAGUCACUUGAUACAUCUUGAUACCGAGACCUCCCUGGGCUCCAGUUGAAACCGCCCCGCAGGUCCCAACCGCCCGUUGGAUUCGACCCGUGCAGCUCGCCGGCGAGCUGCGCGUCCCACGUCCUCGUCCUCGAUGAUGCGCAUCGCAUGAGCCGUGAGACGCCGUGAGACGCCGUGAGAGAACCAUGCGCCCCGCAGAUGGAGUCGGAGGCCGUCCGCCUCCCACGUUGCUGGGCUCCACGGCGGGGAUCGCGUCCAAGGCCAAGGCGACGAGGUGGCAAGAGGCGCUGCACAUCUUUGCACUCAUGUCGGAAGCCAAGCUGCAACAAGAUGUGAUCAGCUUGAGUGCGGCCAUCAGUGCAUAUGAGAAGGGCAGCCGCUGGCGAGACUCGCUAUGGUUCUUUCAGGCGAUGAGCAGCUGGGGACUUCUGCCCAAUGUCGUUGCCUUCAACACGGCAAUGAGCUCGUGUGACAAGGGCAACCGUUGGCCUUCAGCCUUGAGUCUUUCGCAGGUCAUGCAACUCAGCGGAGUAGAAGCGACGGUCAUCAGCUUCUCCGUUUUGGUCAGCGCGUCCUCCACGUCCAGCUGGCGGAAGGCCUUUUCGUGCCUGUUCGAGGUCAUUCAGUCGACGAUGAGGCCCAACGUGAUCACCUUCAAUGCUGCCAUCAGCUCAUGUGAGAAGGCCUUGAAGUGGCCUUCAGUUUUGGGCGCGUUGGAGUUCAUGAGUGGCUUCGAGGCUUUGCCAGAUGUCAUCAGCUUGAACGCAGCAAUGAGUGUUUGUGAAAAGGCUGGACAAGAUCUAAUGGCAUUGCACUUGUUCAGGUCGAUACCCACCCGGCUGCUGAAGCCCAAUGUGAUCAGCUUCAGUGCAGUCAUGAGUGCCUGCGAAAAGACGCGUCAGUGGCAGCAGGCGUUGAUCUUGUUCCAGGACAUGUUGGCAGCCAAGAUCCAGCCCGACAUCAUCAGCUAUGGGGCCAUCAUCAGUUGCUGCGAGAAGGGCGGAAAGUGGCAGUAUGCCUUGAGCCUUUUUGACCACAUGCUCCAAUCAGCCAUCCGCCCCAGCAUCAUCAGUUUGAGUGCAGCCACCAGCGCUUGCGAGAACUCGGGGUGUUGGCGAGAGGCAAUGCAGCUCUUUCAGAUAGCCUUAGAGUCCCAUCUCCGCGUCGAUGUGAUCAUUCUCAGCGCAGCGAUCAGUUCCUGCGAGAAGGGGUGCGAAUGGCAGCAAGCACUGGUUCUUGUUGAGUCCAUGUCAAGCCUGGAAGUGCAACCCAAUGUCAUCAGCUUCAAUGCUGCACUGGGCGCUUGUGAGAGAGCAGGCCAAUGGCAAAAGGCCCUCAGGCUCUUCGAAGACAUCGCGGCUUUUGCUCUUGAGCCCACCAUCCUCAGCCUCGAGACCGCCACCCGCGCAGUAGAGCAGAGCUCCGCGCUGUGCGGCCGUGCGGCCUUGGCCCAAUGGCUGGACGAGUCUGAAAGACACUUCGUGCAGCUCUUGGCGGCCUGAGCGUGUGGGAAAGCGACGCCGGUUGAGUCAACGUCGGAUCAACGGUAGACUCAGGUGGACCGUUGAUGAAUAAAGCCGCU